AUGGCAGUAGCAGGACCAGAGUUCCUUCAGACGCAUUUUGACACGGCCUGGUUCCUGAAGCUCCGCGUGUCUGUACGCCAGUGGGUUCCUGCGUUGCCACAGGCGCUGACGCGGGAUGCAAACUGGUCGAAAGGAGUUGUCGGGCCCCUGUUCUUUCCUCGGGUGUCCAUACAGCACCGCCGCCUCCCUUGUUAUCAGCCCGGCUCCUGUCACUUCCUCCAGGAGCGGGCUUACCUUUUCCCACGCUCCCUUGGCAUCCGGUUCCAGACAGCCUGGCAGUCGUCUUUGGGGAGCGUCUCCGUGGUGGAUAGUCUGUCUCUGUCUCCAACUGCCUUCUGUAUCUUCCCGUGGUUGGACACAGUCGCCUUUGUUCUGGAGCCUGUCCUCGCUCCGGGACCCGUUCGGCCCCUGGAGAACCAGGGCUGCUCCGUGGUCCGCGGGCUCCCGCCCUUGGUCACAGCCCGGUUCCGUGACGCCGCAGCAGAGAGCCUCACCAGCGGAGCCGGGCGCCAGGUGGGAGCCAUGGACCCGCCGCAGAGCCCGGAGGACGCCCCCAAAGACAAGGGCCCUGCCUCCUUCACGCUGCUGCCCCGCGCGGAUGCCAUUCGCUCCAAGCUGAUCUACACCUUCUACCUCGUGGACCACCUGCAGGGCCUGUGCCAGGCUGUCCCACGACACAACAUCCGGGACUUCCUGGACCACAAGAAGAGGAAGAAGCUGAUGCUUGCAGACCAUCACCAGCUCAUCCGCUUCAACAUCGCCCUAGUCAGGAACGGCGGUGUACCCCGGGGCCGGCGCCUGUGCAGCCGGCUCCACGUGCGCUGCGGCCGCUGGCCCCCCCUCGCCAUGUGGGCCUCCUGGCUGCUGAGCAGCACCAUCUUCAAGUCCUUCAUCAUCAUCCUCAUCUUCCUCAACACGGUCAUCCUGAUGAUCAAGAGUGAGAUGAUGAACUGGACGGGGGAGAGCAUCUGCAACCUCAUGCUGAGCCUGGAGGUGCUCACCUGGUUCAUCAUCGCCAUCUUCAUCCUGGAGAUCGGGCUCAGCUGGGUUGUUGACUUCAGGGGCUACUGGCACAGCAUCUGGAACAUCUUUGACUUCAGCAUCACGGUGCUGUCGCUGGUGCCCGAGUUCCUGUACCUGCUGCCCGUGGCCGACUGGGAGGUGCGCCGGAGGCUGCUGCGGGUCGGCCGCGUCUCCCUCUCCCUGAAGCUCUUCUCCAGGUUCCGGCAGGUGCGGCUCAUCGUCCUGGCCAUCAUGAAGGCCCUGAAGGCCAUGACCUUCAUCCUGCUGCUCCUGUUGAUUUUCUUCUACGUGUUCACUGUGUCCGGCAUCUUUUUCUUCGAGAGCUACAGCCGCUCGGAUCGUGCUGACCUGGAGUACAGCUGGUACUUCCGGGACCUGCCCAACUCCCUGGUGACCGUGUUCAUCCUCUUCACCAUGGACCACUGGUACAGCCUGCUCCAGGACACCUGGAAGAUCCCCGAGAUCAACAAGGUCAUCAGCGGCCUCUACGUCAUCCUCUGGCUGCUCAUUGGCUCCUUCAUCUUCAGGAACAUCUUUGUGGCCAUCAUGGUGACUAACUUCAAGAACAUCCGGAGCGACCUGAUCGAAGAGGUGAAGCAGAUCGAGACACAGAAGAGAGCCGACCUGUUCAAGAUGCAGAUCAGGGAGAAGCGGCAGAGUCAGUCCCACGUCCUGGGGGGCAGUCUGGAGAGCUCGUCCAGCACCCGCAAGCUCCACUUCUCAUGCUUGGAGCCCGAGAAGGAGCUGGCCUCCGAGCUCAGCCCUCCGACCUCAUCGUCCGACCAGAGGAGCUCCAAGGACCUGGACUGGGAGACGUACGUGCACCAGAACCUGGAGAGCCUGCGGGAGGGCGGCGAGGGCGAGCAGGUGGUGUGGCCCCGGGACUCCCUCUUCCGCUACUUCGAGCUGCUGGAGCAGCUGCAGUACAACCUGGAGGAGCGCCGGCGGCUGCAGGAAUAUGCAGUCCGGGCACUGACCAACAUGCAGGACAAGUAG